ACUUACAUCGAAUUUACUAUUUACCCUUUAUAAGGGUUUCGUCGAAUAGUGCAUUGAAACGCUACCGCCAUUUCCAGUCCAGUCGUAGCCUCGUAGGCAUUUUUCUUGCGGGUCAAGAAAGUGCCAAAUUUCCUUUUGAGAACAGGGUUUUGAGGAUUCAACAAUGGCGGUCUCGGGAAGUGACUAUAGAGAUAAACGGGCACGGGAAAACAGUGAUUAUUUUCCCUUUGAGUGUUCUAAGCCAAAGUACAAGCGACGAAAUGUAUCUGCAAGGCGUGAUUUUCCAAAGGGGAUUGUUCAAUUUGUGUCUGAGCCAGAAGAAUUGGAAGCUAUGGAAUCUGGUAAUCCUGUAGGAUUUUAUCGAGGCUCCUCUGUUAAGUCCAAUCAUGUUGUGAAGGGCAAAAGUGAGUCUAAACCAGAAGAAUUGGGGGCCGUAGAAUCUGGUGUUUUAUCUGAGCCUAUUAAUGAACUACCAGAAAAAAUUGUAGUUGCUAGAAGAAAGGUAUAUGCAAGGCGGGAUUUUCCGGAGGCGUUUUAUGCGAAUUCGAGUCGUUUUGUGAAGGUGGAUAGGGAGGAGAGUGAGUCUGAACCCGAAGAACUCGAGGUGAUAGGCUCUUAUCAUGAUCCCAAGGCUUUUUGUGCCAAUUCGAGUCAUUUUGUGAAGGUGGAUAGGGAGGAUAGUGAAUCUAAACCACAAGAACUCGAGGCUAUUGACUCUGAUGGUGAUGAUGAUCCCGAGCCUUUUUAUGCGAAUUCCAGUCAUUUUGUGAAGGUGGAUAGGGAGGAUAGUGAAGCUGAACCAGAAGAACUCGAGGCUAUAGACUCUGAUGAUGACCCCGAGGGUUUUUUUGCCCGUUGCAGUCAAUUUAUGAAUGUGGAUAGGGAGGAGACCCAAUCUGACCCCGAAGAACUCGAGGCAAUAAACUCUGAUGAUGACCCUAAGGCUUUUCGUGCCAAUGUGGAUAGGGAGGAGAUUGAAUCUGACCCGGAAGAACUCGAGGCAAUAGACUCUGAUGAUGAUGAUCUUGCCACAACGAACCCCAAUCAUGUAGCAGAGGUAGAAAAGACCGAAAUACCCUGUGAAUUGGAAGAAAUCGAUGGAUCUUCAAAUGCCAAACCAAUCUGCAGUGCUGACAAAACGGAACCAGAGAUCCCAAAGGACACACAGAAUCAAGAACCCGUUAAUCAGGUCGUUGGAAGCACCGAGCCUCUUGGUUCAAGCAGCACGCAGGAAAAGCGGGGAGAUUAUUUACAGCAUUUGCUAGCUUCUCUUGAUCAAUUGGCAGCCACUCUUAUGCAGAUGAAACAACAGGGAGCAUUCAAGAAAAAGUCUGCAGAUGUUUGAUGACAACUCUGAUGAUUCCUUGUUAUAUAUAUCUUUAUAUGUAGGCUGCCACUCUUUAUGAGAUUUUGUACUAUUAGGCAUUCAAGAAAAGUACUUAUGGUUUAAAACACAUAUCUUCUUGAUGAAUAUACACAAUAUUAUGAUAAACUAA